UAUCUACCAUAUCUCUCUCCUAUAAAUGCCACAAUAACAAUUAGUCUUUCAACAAAAAUCUAAGUAGAGUAUCAUAUUCAAGGAAAAGAAAAAAAAGCUUUGCAAUCUUGAAUUUGUCUUUGUUAUAGUGUGAGAGAAAAUGGGUAUUCAUCUACCACAGAUAGUUCUUCAUGCCAAGCAAAUUAUUCAUAGGAGGUCUUUUAAUGUUCCGAAAGGCCAUUUCGCGAUAUAUGUAGGAGAGGAAGAGAAGAAUAAGAAACGUUUUGUGGUUCCAAUCUCUUAUUUGAAGCAUCCUUUGUUCCAAGAGAUGUUGAGUGAGGCAGCAGAAGAGUUUGGUUUCGAUCAUCAAAUGGGAGGUCUUACAAUUCCAUGUGCUGAAGAGGAUUUUAUUAAUCUCACUUCUCGUUUAAAUAGCUCGAGGAGCUAAUGUGAUUUAAUUUCUUCAAUUGUACUAAUUUUUUCAUUUUCUUUUAAAGAUUUGUUAGAUAUAUAGGUAUGUAAUUAAUGAGUGAAGGAUCUACAAGUAGCAAAUGCGAAAGUCCUUGUUCCAAAGUUCUGUAAA